AUGUGGACGGCCUGGUGCAUUAAUGACUUUUGCAUGCGGAUCAAUUUCAGAGGAUUUCAGAAGUAUCGCAAAAGGUCGUGGUUGGAGACCUCAAGUUAUCUCAAGGAUGAUUGCCUCAACAUUCAUUGUACAAUCGGAGUAGUGCGAACUCGUGUUGGAAACGGGAAACGUUAUGUUAUUCCUGUACCUCCACCAGAGAUGAUUCAGAAUCUCAAGGGUUUGCUGGAAUCUAAAAUUGGUUCCGAUAUUACUUUUCAGGUUGGCAAUGAAUUCUUCAGAGCCCAUAAGUUGAUUAUUGCAGCUCGAUCCCCAGUAUUUAGAGCUCAGUUUUUUGGACUAGUGGGCAAUCCAGAAAUCGAAAUAGUAGUCAUUAAAGAGCUUGAUCCUUUUGCUUUUAAGGCCAUGUUGCUAUUUUUGUACUCAGAUGAACUUCCGGAAACACACGAGCUUUCUGAUUUAGAUCCUCUUUGCACUCCAAUUACAAUUGCGCAACAUCUGUUAGCUGCAGCAGAUCGCUUUGGCCUUGCUCGAUUGAAACUCAUGUGUGAGGAGAAAUUAUAUGAAGAUAUAACUGCAAAUACUGUGGCAAAUACACUGGCCAUAGCAGAUGUAUACAAUUGCACGGCACUGAAAACUGUUUGCCUAAACUUUGCAGCUAGACCCGAAAAUUUAGAAGAGGUUAUGGAGUCUGAUGGGUACGCAGAUUUGGAGAAGUCACUAUUGACAGAUCUACUGAAGACUAGUGCAGCAAUAGAUAAAAAAUGA